CCUCGGUGCACAACUUGGUCCAACUCGACGAGGUUCAAUAUACCCUUUCUUCCUUGGUUAUUAAAUGUCAUAUCAAGGAAAUGUUCUCCCAGUGUUAUCACCUGAUGAGGUGGAACAUACCGUAUCUCUCAUACAACAACUGUACUCGCCGAGUACAGAUGCAGAACAUCAACAAUCGCUUGCUAAGGACCUGGUUUCUAUUCAGAAGACACAGGAGGCGUGGGGAUUGAUCAUUCCACUAGUCCAACAUCCCGAUCCGACUGUCGAAUUUGUCGGUGCUCAAAUAGCACAAAUCAAGAUCUCUCGAGAUUGGGAGACGUUUCCGGUCGAUCAGGCGAUUGCUCUCAAGAACACUCUUCUUGAUCUGGCAGGACGGUCUUGCAGUAAUGGCACCUCCCGGGUUGCUGUCCGCAAGCUCUUCGUGGCAAUCACCAAUCUCGCCUUUCGAAUAGUACCACAACGCCACUCUGAAUGGCCUGAUUGGAUCCUUGACUGUGUCACCUCUUUGUCGGGCCAAGGUGCAACUGCAGAGUACAUAUUGGCUUUUCUUGGGAUAGCAGCGGAAGAAGCUCUGAGGACAGACUUCCUGGCGACCGAAAAAAUGACCUUCCAUCAGUCCCUAACAGACUCCGUGCAUUUGAUGCUAGAAGCUGUGAAGAAGUCGUGCACGGAUCCGACCACGUCUGAGAGCGAGAUGGAGACAGCAUUGAAUUGCUUGCAACUUUGGGUUGAAUGGGGUGUUCCUGUCGACGACUUAACGGAUUCAAUACCAUUUUUGAUCACUUUGCUCUCUUCCCGAGAAACCUUCAUACCUGCUUCGGAUGUGUUGCAAGAAAUUUUAUACGCCUCUCCUCUUUCGGAUGGGAAAGGAUCGAAGACUCUGACCGAACCUCUCCUCCAAUGGCUCGAGACCUUAGGAGAGAGCAUCCUGAACGAGGCUAUUGAAUCAGGAACGCCUGACGAUAACGCGCACUCGCUGUGCAAGCUUCUGAUAGCAAUGGAAGAACAUUCUCCCGACUGGUUGGCUGCUCGUCUAGGAGAGCCUCGCAUAACAUGUUUCCUGAAUCUGGUCCUUGCUUUCACCAAUUAUCCUGGCGUGUAUCUUAUUGACGAGGAAGAGAGCGCGACAGCCCUGCCCUUCUGGUACUUGUUCCAAGAGAGCUUGUCGGUCUCAGCAUUUGCGGAUUCUCCCCUGUCGCCACAAUGGGAGAUGGCGAAGUCUCUAUACACGCAGGUUGUGGUCGUCUUGAGGAAGAAAGCCGCAUGGCCUACAGAGCACCUGAUGAAAGACCAGGUGGAAAAGUUCAGAAGCUAUCGGCGGGACGUCGGAGAUGCCCUCAUGAAUGCUUAUUAUGUUCUCCGAGAGCCAAUGAUGGGCGGAUUAAUCGACCUUCUGUAUGAAGAAUUACAACAAGAAAACCAUGAUACACCCGGUUAUUGGGAGGAUGUGGAAGCAACAUUACAUGUUAUCAAGUCGAUCCAGGAAGCUGUGUCGGUGGAGGAACAAGAGCAACUUGCGCGGCUGUGGAGUCAAGACGUGCUUGAUCGAAUAUGCGCGAGUCCAGAUCCACGGGUGAGGCAGACUAUGCUGGGUGUCAUAUCAGCGUAUUCCACUUGGUUUUCCCAAAAGAAUCCGUCUACCAUUAUGGCUGCGACAUUAUUUGUUCUAAAUUCGUUGAACGUGUCCUCUGUUUCAUUCCAGGCUGCCAACGCGCUCAAAGUACUUUGCGACAACAACAGGGUUGUUCUCGCACAGAAUUCUUUGUCGUGGUUCUCGGAUCUAUAUGGAGAACUGGACACAAUUCAGGAUACUGAGAAGGGCACGGUGCUGCAAUCGAUCACGAGCGUUAUCCAGGCCCUGCCAGUGGAGCAAGUGGUGGAACCAGCAGGGCAAGUUGUAUCUCCGCUUGUCACGAAAUUGUCAGAAGCCCUUUCUAUUGCGUCACAAUACCCGGACGUGGCUCGACUGGUCUGCAUUAAUCAGCUGCGAUAUAUUGCCGCAUGUGCCAAAGGCUUUACGUCCAGCCAAGAUUUGUUGACGAACGAUCUGCUUAGUGCCACAGAGGAAGAGGAAGCACGGCGUCGUGAAAGCAUGCACACGGUGAGGCAAGAUCCGCGCCUGAUACAACUUCGGGCCAACAUCCAGGAUGGCAUCAGCGGUUGCUUCACUCUGUGGUCGUCCAACGCCGAUAUGGCAAGCGCACUGAGCGAGCUUCUGCGGGCCAUGACAGGGCUCCCUUCGGAGGAGACCCUGAUAUCCCUCGAUCCGGGUCCACUGUUAGUGUUGGUGUGCGGCGCCGCUGAGCGCCAGCUAUCAGCAACGUGGUUGUCACUAGCGCAGAUUCUCAUAACGCAACUGGAUCCCAAGAAAUUCCUGUGGAUACGGCCGAGUGCCGACCCUGAAGCGUUGGCCUUGGUGCGAGAAGCGACGUUGAGUCUCCUAAACACCGCCGUCCAGGUGCUCGGCCAGCCUGGGGCCAUGGAAGCGAACACCGACCUGGUGCAAGAUUUUUUCGGAAGCUGUAUGAAUGCCAUCGCCAUGCAUUUCAUCGAGGAGAUGUACAAAUUGCCUCCAGGAGCGGUUAACAGCCUGGUCUGCGCGGCUAUCAGCGCCAUGGCACUGCCCGAACGAUACUGCAUCGUUUCCGGCGUUCGGUUUCUACACACCUUCAUUGACCAAACCCUGCGAGUAUGUCCCGACAACGCUGUGCUACUAAACCAAGUGCACGGGUUCGCGAUGCUCCACGUCAUCUUGCAUGGGAUCGCGUUCAGGGCGCCGAGAUCAACGAUCCCUAACCUGUCUGAUCUGCUGGCGAUCCUGUCGAGCAAGUUCUUCGAGGAUACCCAAGCGUCCAUGCGCGUCAUACUCUUCGCGGACGAUUUCUCCUAUCCCAAGGGGACCGACAAGGCAAAGAAGGCGUUUAUCAAAGCCGUAGCUCGACACAGGAGAGUAAAGAAAGUCAAAGAAGCGGCAAACGACUUUGCCCUCGUCGUGCGGGGGCUCGAGGCGAGCGGAUUCGGGUAUGCGUCAUCCGCCGCACAGGCAUGAGCCAUGAGCGAAUUAGAUAGCAGACCAACUGGAAUGAGCAAGACCACUAAAGACCUAAUCCUUGAUGUUCUGCCUCCGGAAAGGGGAGGGAGAGAACGUGUACACGGCCAUGCCAAACCGCUGGCACUGGCACGUUCCUGACCAUCUAUCUAUCAUCUGCGAGGAGCAAAACGAAGCGGAUCAUGCUUCCCGUCCGCAGUCGUGGGCCAAGAAGGGCAAAAAGGGGAAAUGCCGAGGGUGAAGACUGUGGAAGAUGAAGGCUGUGGAAGGGAGGGGAUGG